GCUUCACCACAGGUUCUUGUGGACCAAAUCGCUCAAAACGUCUGCGUCAGUUUAAUUUUAUAGACAUCUUGAUCCAUCAGAACCUGUGGUGAAGCAUUUGCAGUAAAGUCAGUUGCAGUUUCUUUCAUUAAAUUUAGUUGUUGCUUGUCCAAGUGGGAAACGCGGAGGGCUUCUUGCCUAUUUAGCACGACAAUCAAACUACCUAAAGAGGGACUGCAAAGCAAUGAAAAAAACCAUGAUGAGUGGAUAACAAGUUAGUGAGAGAAUGGCAGAGAGUGCGGUCAACUUUGUGCUCGACAAGAUCAAACCGUUUUUUGAAAAUGGGGUUCAACUGCUCAGAGGGGUUCGAGCAGAACUUGUGUACCUCAAAGGGGAAUUGGAGCGCAUGAGGGCCUUACUGAGGGAUGCCGAUGCAAUGGAAGAAAGUGACGAGGAGCUCAAAGUAUGGGUUAAGCAAGUGCGAAAUGUUGCUUAUGACGCAGAAGAUCUUCUCGAUGAAUUUGCGAUUCUCCAACCUUAUAACAGUCAAAGCGUCCAGAUGUACUGUCCGUACUAUAGGCUUUGUGGCUGUGUCAAGGACUUGAAAGCUCAUUACCGGGUUGCUUGGGAGUUACAGAGCAUCAACACCCGAAUUCGAGAUAUUUUUGCAGUUUACAAAAGACUUCUUCCGAAGCUUAAUGCUGUGAAAGGUUCAAUAUUUACCAAUCCAGGUGACACAUGGCAUGACCGACGAGAGGAUGCUCUUCUUUUAGAAAACACUGAUGUUGUGGGCAUACACAAGCGUAAAAAGAAACUUGUCAGGAUGCUGGUCGGGGGUGGCUCUGGACUUGAAGUAGUUUCAGUCACUGGCAUGGGAGGUAUGGGCAAAACCACCUUGGUGAAGAAAGUCUACGAUGAUGAUGAAGUGAAGAAACAUUUCAAGCCCCGUGCUUGGAUCACGGUUUCUCAAUCUUUUCGGGUAGAGGAUCUCCUUAAAGACAUCAUUCAUAAACUCUUUGAUGCAAUCAGGAGGCCAGUUCCAGAAGGUGUGCACGACAAGAAUAGCAAUGAACUGAAAGCAAUAAUUAAGAACUUUCUGCAGAAAAGGAGGUACCUGAUUGUUCUUGAUGAUGUAUGGCACGCUGACAAAUGGGAAACUGUCAAAUAUGCUCUGCCCAAAGGGAAGUUUGGCAGCAGAAUCAUGCUCACUACGCGUAAUGUUGUAUUCACCACUUGCUCGGAAUCCAAAAGCAAGGUCUAUCACUUGAAGCCCUUGCCUGCUGACGAGUCCCGGAAGCUGUUCAUUAAGAAGGCAUUUCUGGGGAAGCCAUGUCCUCCUUAUUUGCUGGAAAGAUGUGAAUGUAUCGUGAAAAGGUGUGAGGGUUUGCCCCUUGCAAUUGUGGCAAUAAGCGGUGUACUGGCUACAAAAGACAAGCGCAGGAUAGAUGAAUGGGAUUUCAUUUGCCGCAGUCUUGGAGCUGAACUUCAUGGCAAUAACAAACUUGAAGAUUUAAAGAAAGUACUUUCUCUGAGUUUUAAUGAUUUGCCCUAUUAUCUCAAGGCUUGCUUCUUAUACUUGAGCCUCUUUCCCGAGGGUCAUCUGAUUCGGCGUAUGAAACUGAUUCGCUUAUGGAUAGCGGAAGGAUUUGUUGAAGCUAGAGAAGGAAGAACUUUGGAGGAAGUAGCUGAGGGCUUCCUUAAGGAGCUCUUGAACAGAAAUUUGAUCCUGGUGGGAGACACCACAAGUGAUGGGAGGGUCAAAACUUAUCGGCUUCAUGGUCUUUUGCGGGAGAUUAUUAUUUCGAAGUCGAGGGAUCAAAACUUUGCAGCCAUAAUCAAAGACCAGAACACAAUAUGGCCUGAUAGAGUUCGUCGUCUGUCAAUACAUAAUGCAUUGGAAACUGUACAAGAAAAAAGGUCAGUUCCUCAACUUCGUUCCUUAUUUAUCUUUGGGGAGGUUACUAGGUCAUCCAUGAGAAAGUGUUUUUCCACUGGGUUUAGGCUGCUUGGGGUUUUAGAUUUGGAAGCUGCACCUCUAAAGACAUUUCCGAACCAAAUCCUGGACCUGUUUUAUUUAAAGUAUCUAAGCUUGAGGAAAACCCAGGUUAAAUCCAUUCCAAGAAGCAUAGGGAAUCUUAGUAACCUGGAGACGUUGGAUCUUAAAAAGACCAAUGUCACUGAAUUGCCUCUUGAGAUACUGAAGCUCCAAAAACUUCGCCAUCUCCUGGUUUAUCGUCUUAAGAUUGAAUCUUAUGCACACUUCUAUUCCAAGUUUGGCUUCUCGGCGCUUUCAAACAUAGGAGAAUUGCAGUCCCUGCAAAAGCUCUGCUUUAUUGAGGCAAAUUACCAGGGUUGUGGGAUGACAAUGAGGGAGUUAGGUAAGCUUAAGCAAUUGAGGAGGCUUGGAAUUAUGAAAUUGAGAAAACAAGAUGGAUUGGCUUUGUGCUUAUCAAUUGAAAGUUUAACCAAGCUGCGUGCGCUUUCUGUAACUUCAACGGGAGAGAGUGAGGUUAUUGAUCUCCAUCACAUUUCUUCCCCUCCUCAGUUCCUCGAACGCCUAUACCUGAUAGGACGAUUGGAAGAAAUGCCGAACUGGAUACCUUCACUUAACAGUUUGGCCAGACUGUUUUUGAAAUGGAGUCAGUUGAAAGAUGAUCCACUCGUACAUCUUCAAGACUUGCCCAACCUUAUUCAUCUUGAAUUGCUCCAUGCUUGUGAUAGUGACAUGUUAUCCUUCAAUGGAAGGGGAUUCAAAAAGCUCAAGGUCUUGGGUCUCGACAAAUUUGACAAGCUCCAAUGCGUGAAGGUGGAGGAGGGAGCAAUGCCAUGCCUUGAGAAGCUAACCAUCCAACGUUGUAAGUCGAUGAAGAGGGUACCCUCGGGAGUGAAGCACCUUACCAAGCUGAAGUUACUUGAAUUCUUUGAAAUGCCGAAUGAAUUAAUCUUGAAACUGCGACCAGAUGGAGAAGGCGAAGAUUAUGAGGAAGUUCAACAUAUCCCAGAUGUUUAUUCAGCCUAUUGGAGAGAUGGGGGCUGGGAUGUGUAUUCAAUAGAGAGCUUCGGGGAGAUAGAAAAUGCUCCAUCAUCUGUAGCUGGAACUGUCCGGAUAAGCCAUGAUCAGCUUCGUCCUCUAUGGAAGGUUUAAAUCCGAUCGAUGAUACUUUGUAUUUGUAUAUAUGUGUGUAUAUAUAUAUGUCGUAUGUAAAAUUGUAAAUAGUCAUUGUACGUAAUGUGCAAGCAAGUCACUCAAUGUACAGAUGAAUUACUGUUGCAAAUAUUUGCAACUCAUAUAUGUAACUUACUGAAGAAUAAGGUGCAGUACUUGGGCACCAACAUUUGUACAUAUACAGAAAUGAAUGGAAAAAAACUUUGUGCAUAGGAAAA